AGGGGUGGGGUUUAGAGGAAGCGGAAGUGUCAGCGCAGGCGGAAGUGGUACUGCCCUGAAUACCCUGAGCAGCGAGUGGAGGACGGCUUGAGAAACUCCCUUCGUUCAGAGAAUAAAAUCGGGAUCCCUAGUACGCUCUAAAUCCUAAAAGAUGGAUAAGAACGACCUGGUGCAGAAAGCCAAGCUGGCAGAGCAGGCCGAGCGUUACGACGACAUGGCGGCUGCCAUGAAGGCUGUGACGGAGCAGGGCCUGGAGCUUAGCAACGAGGAGCGCAACCUGCUUUCUGUCGCUUAUAAGAACGUGGUGGGGGCCCGCCGUUCAUCCUGGCGCGUCAUCUCCAGCAUCGAGCAGAAGACGGAGGGGAACGAGAAGAAGCAGCAGAUGGCCCGUGAUUACCGCGUGAAGAUCGAGGCUGAACUCCAAGAAAUCUGCCACGACGUGCUGAACCUGCUCGACAAAUUCCUCAUUCCCAACGCAUCUCAGGCGGAGAGCAAGGUGUUCUACCUCAAAAUGAAAGGAGACUACUUCAGAUAUCUGUCAGAGGUGGCCUCUGGGGACUCGAAGAAGGACACGGUGGAGAACUCUCAGCAGGCCUACCAGGACGCCUUCGACAUUAGCAAGAAGGACAUGCAGCCAACACACCCCAUCCGGCUGGGCCUGGCCCUCAACUUCUCCGUCUUCUUCUAUGAAAUCCUCAACUCGCCUGAGCAGGCCUGCUCUCUGGCCAAGCAGGCUUUUGACGAGGCGAUCGCCGAGCUCGACACCUUGAACGAGGACUCAUACAAAGACAGUACGCUGAUCAUGCAGCUACUAAGGGACAACCUUACUCUGUGGACAUCAGAAAACCAGGGAGAUGAGGGUGAAGCCGGCGAUGGAGAGAACUAGAGCGCACUUCACUGUUAACCCAUCCCUACACUCUUUCUCCUCCCUUUAUCUCAUCUUCUCUUCUUCCUCUCUUCGUACACAUAAACAGCCCGUUCAUUCCCUCGUCCCACUUUUUCAAGCCCAGCCUCCUGACUUCCCUUCUGUAUAACCAACAGCAUGAAUAGUACCUGAACUUCACAGACGAAUAUUAAAGAGGAAUAAAAAAAAAAUUAGGGGGGAGGGAAAGGAAACUGCUCCAUCACCCCACCAUUACUCCAUCCUCCCUUCCUACGAUUGACACCUCACCUCCAUCACGACACUCCAAUGCAGGCCAGCAGACUAAAAGCGCUGGCCUGUUUAGUCUUAUACCACGCAGGGAGGGUUUGUAUCCAAAAACACCAAAUAAAUUAACAUCUCGUAGACCUCACUUUCUACCAGUUUUUACCCUCCUUAUUUAACCCUUCUCUUCCUCCCCCCACCUCCUUCCUAACAUCUCAGUACGGUCUCUCACCCUCCUCCCCCUUCUUUCUCUAGUGCAUUAAUGCAUUUAUAUAGUUGUCCAUUCCUUCUCUUUUGGCUUUUCUUAGUGUACUGGCAAAAAUGGCUGGUUUUAUUCCACUUUAAACAAGAGAAAAAGGUUAUUAAACUGUCCGUUUAUAUUCAACAAACACUGUGAUGCUUAGUUUUUCCUCCACAUCAUCACCAGAUCCUCCUGACGACAAAUCAAGCUGGGAGGGGGGGGUCAGAACAGCAGUGCAGUUCUGCUGAGGUUUAUACAGAAGGGUCCUCCAACAAGGCUGUAUUGUGACACUGACAAACGUAAAAACAGCAGUGUCUCACCUGCUGUGUAAUCAAACACUCUGCUUUUGUUUGUUUGCUAACUGGGACCUGGAGUUUUGUUUAACACCUUUAUAUUCAGUUAGGAGCCCCAAGAAAAGAAAAACAAACAAAAUUAGGAAAGUUAUUAACAUCAAACAUUCCAUCUUCACAUUUGAGACAAUUUUAGACAUUUUCCACAACCAAUGGGACCCGCCUGCUCCCCCGAACCCUCCAAACAUCAGUACUACUGUCCCUAAAGUUAAUUCCUGAACCACUUGCUCCUUUUCCCUUUUGCUUGUAUUGGUUAAUUUUUUCAGGAGGUGUGUUUGUAAUAACAAAUCAAACUCUUCUUUCUGGUUUUUGAAAAAUGUAAAAUUGUAAAACAUUUUUAGAGCUUAACUGUAAAUCUGUGUUUUUUUUUUUUUUUGUUUUUUUUGUUUAAAAACAGAACGGUUUGUCGAUGUUGUGCGUUAACACCUGCUUGCAGAUAAAACCUUGAAGCCGUUACAGUCAGCUGCUGUUUUUGGUGUUUCAUACUUUUGGUAGUUUUUUUUUUUUUUUUUUUUUAGCCUUCCCUCUCCUCCUCAUUAUGAACCCCUUCCCACCUUUACAGACAAGUUUAGUCAAGUCUCGGUUUCCACUCGCCGCUGAACAGUGCAAGAAUGCAUGCCUUUAGUUAUUGCCAUUGAAAUCUGCUGCAGCAUGAGUGGGGAAAUUGUACACUCCGUGGAUUUGCACUGGGAAAAAGUUGCUCCCACAUUUCCAAAAGUGUAAGUCGGUAAUAAUGCAGUGAGGCCAGAUUUUGAUCCUGUGAUCAUUCCAUUUUAGCCAAACAGUUUGAAAUAAGCAGAAAACUCAUCAUUUCAGAUUAUACCUACAAGAAAUUUAAUGGGUGAUUUUAUUUUAUUUUUUUAAGUAAGGCAGUUAGAAAAAACCAAGCAAAGGAUGGUGGUGCCGUCUUUGGUGCAGCUGGAGGCGAUUGCAGAUCUGUGCAAUGAAUGAGCCAAACUGCAGCCGAUCAGCCAAUCGAGGAAGUGAGAACCUGUAGUUUGGAUCAGUUUGGUAAGCGUAUUAUCUUGCAGCUGCACCAAAAACUCACUUUGCACUUAAUAGUACAUUUUCAGAUCAGAUUAUUACUGUAAUCUACAGAAUUUGCCUUCAUGUAGGUUUUUUUUCUAAAUAAAAAAAGGAAAAUACCAGAAUACCACAUAUGCCCAAAAGCAAUGUCUAGUUUUUGGGCUAAAUUGGCAAAUAAAAUAUUUUUUCCUUUUCCACUCAGUGUCACAAUAACCUUGCCAUGAAGCACCAUGACAUUCCACUCUGUAGAUGUAGAGAAAUCAUCUUUUGUUGUUCUUUUACUGAGGACAGAUAUUUUCAUGCAAUGAUGGCUAAAAGGUUUAAAAAAAGAAAAAAAAAAAGAAAAAAAUCCUCCCUGCCGCUCUUUUUCUCUUUA